UUGUUCUGCGCCGCACUUUCCGGUUCCAAGCUGUUGGCUUUCUGCUGUUGGAAGCGCUUCCCCAGCCGCCGGAUGUCUUUUUGAAACCUGGAUGUGACGUAUUGAAGAAGCCGACGGAAAUAGAAUUGAAAGCGUUCUAAAAUGGCGAACCGUACGGUCAAGGAUGCGCACAGCAUCCAUGGCACCAACCCUCAGUAUCUGGUGGAGAAGAUCAUUCGGACGCGAAUCUAUGAAUCAAAGUACUGGAAAGAAGAGUGCUUUGGACUUACGGCUGAACUUGUAGUGGACAAAGCCAUGGAGUUAAGGUUUGUGGGUGGUGUCUAUGGUGGAAACAUAAAGCCAACUCCUUUCCUCUGUUUAACCUUGAAGAUGCUUCAAAUUCAACCUGAGAAAGACAUCAUUGUUGAGUUCAUAAAAAAUGAAGAUUUCAAGUAUGUCCGGAUGUUGGGGGCACUUUACAUGAGGCUGACAGGAACUGCAAUUGAUUGCUACAAGUACUUGGAGCCUUUAUACAAUGACUAUCGAAAAAUCAAAAGCCAGAACCGAAAUGGGGAGUUUGAACUGCUGCACGUGGAUGAGUUCAUCGAUGAGCUUCUGCACAGUGAGAGGGUCUGUGACAUCAUUUUACCCCGGCUACAGAAACGCUAUGUACUGGAGGAAGCUGAGCAACUGGAGCCUCGAGUUAGUGCUCUAGAAGAGGACAUGGAUGACGUAGAGUCCAGUGAAGAGGAGGAAGAGGAAGAUGAGAAGCUGGAAAGAGUACCAUCACCUGAUCACCGACGAAGAAGCUACCGAGACUUGGACAAGCCACGGCGCUCUCCUGCACUGCGCUACAGGAGGAGUCGGAGUCGGUCUCCCAGGAGGCGAAGUAGAUCCCCCAAAAGGAGAAGCCCUUCUCCACGCCGAGAAAGACAUAGGAGCAAGAGUCCACGACGCCAUCGAAGCAGGUCCCGAGACAGACGACACAGAUCCCGCUCUAAAUCCCCAGGUCACCACCGUAGUCACAGACAUAGGAGUCACUCAAAGUCUCCUGAAAGGUCUAAGAAAAGCCACAAGAAGAGCCGGAGAGGAAAUGAGUAAUGGAUUCAUUUUUAGUCCAGAUGGCUUCCUGUGAAUAUGAGAAUAUCUGUUAAAGGGAAAUGUUCAAGAUCAGGCAGCUAUGAGUAUUGGGGUUUUUAAAAAUCAAGUUCUUGUUUGUUUUGUUUUUAUUUUAACAUUAUAGAGGUGCUAGGUUUUGUAUCUCUUUGAAUUAUAAUCAACAUCUUUGAAGGAUGUCUUUGACCAAAUCAAGGUCAGGUUUUGACCUAACCAAUUAUGGUAUUCACACUUACCAAGGUUAGAGGGGACCUGGGAGUUGGGGAGAUUCAGGACAAUGAAGAGAUGUAGUUCACGGGUGACUUUUUUUUUUUUUGGUCUUUCGAGACAGGGUUUCUCUGUGGUUUUGGAGCCUGUCCUAGAACUAGCUCUUGUAGACCAGGCUGGUCUCGAACUCACAGAGAUCCACCUGCCUCUGCCUCCCAAGGGUGACUCUUUUCUUAUUUGUAAUUAAACCUGACGCAGUUGUCAUUUAUCUCUAGUUUCUCUAUGAAACCCUAGAAUUUAUGCUGCUGCGACCCAGCUAGUGAAGCACUUCACUGACUACAGACAGCAGCAGUAACAAUAAACACAGUUACUAGUUAGCGGUUUUGUAAGAACAGAAUACAUUCAAACGUGAAGGUUUUUCUGUAUUUUUUUUAAUUCAGUUUCAUUAAACAAUUCAACAUGAUUGCAAUUAACAUCCUUUAUACAAGCCAGGUAUGGUGGUUCAUACCUGUAAUGUCAACACAGGCUGAAGCAGAAUACUGUAGUUUUCACCUCGGUUGCUUUUAGAGGGUAUAAAGUGAGAGGGUUGUGAUGGUCAUGAAAAUGACACAUUCUGUUUAAGACAGCUGCAGUAUUUCUACACGGAUAGAAAGAGGGACUAGUAGGGUUCAGCGUGAUGAUCUAGGCCAGAACUGACAAUUGUCAAGGACGUUUAGAUGCCCAGGGAGUAUCAGUAGAUUUAAGAACAGCAGGAGCACCACAGGCAAUGCCAACACUUAUGACUAGUAAUACAGGUCACCUAGUAAAUACUGGAAUGAGCCAUUCACAAAGGUAGAAUUGGUAGGUCAAGGACACUGAAGGGUCUGAAGAUAUAGAAGCAAAAUAAAAGCUUUACUAAGUCCAUAGGCUUAAUACUGAUAUUAGAGAGUAUUAUUGUAUUAGCUAAAACAAUUCCUUCUGCCUGUACUUACCUUCCUCCUUUAAGAGGGUAGAAAUGACUGACUUCUUGUCACUAUAAGCCUAGGAAGAACUGUAAAGACCAGCUGCCUUAUAGGAUCCAGCUUCUCAGGAAGUCAUAGCUGGUCCUAGGAUAAACAUUUCUAUUGUUUGCUGUUGAUUGGGGAACUUCUGUAGCAAUAUUAAAGCAGUUUUUAUCAA